AUGUCGUCCACGGUGCUGGAGCAGCUGCGCGCGGAGCAGGAGGAGAUCGAGGCGCUGGAGCGCGCCGUCGUGGCCACUUUGGGCGAGAAACCGCGCAACCAUCGCGGCCGAGUUUUGCACGGCCACAAAGUGAGCAACUUGCUGGACGCCGUUACGCGGCACAGCAAGCACGUCAAGGAGCUCUACGAUGACGAGGACGGUACUUUUGCAGAGGAGACGGAGAACAUGCGCGGUCGAGCGGUGUUCACGUCGUUCUACGAGCAGCUCAAGUCCAUCCGCACGUUCCACCGCAAGUAUCCGAACUCGGUGGUCUCGCACGCGCCCAACUUGGAGGAAGCGCUGCACCCGAACGUCCAGUUCUCGGGCGAAGAGCGCUUCGGCAAGUACGUGGAUCUCAACGAGUUCUACACGCGGUUCUUGAAUAUCCCAGAGCUCAAGUGGCAAGCGCGCAAGACGCAGGAAGCGCUGAGCUCGAGCGCCAGGACCAAGGGGAGGAAAACACUGUCAAGCAACUCGAUCGACUAUCUGGCCUACUUGGCUUCGUUCUCGGACUUUUCGGCUAUCCCAGCAGCGCAGAAGACGCAGUCGGCACCGUACCAGCAGUAUCUGAAGGACUUGAAGGAGUAUUUAUUGGAUUUCUACCGACGCACGCAGCCUCUCGUGGAUCUGGACGACGUGAUUGAGGAGACUUCUGCAAAGUUCGAGAAGCAGUGGGCGCUACACGAAGUCGCUGGAUGGGACUCAAACCAGGAGGCAGAAAAUGGAGGCGAUAAUAAGAAGUCCCCACAUUUUUGCGAGCUGUGUAACAAGCAGUUCAGCUCCGAGGGUGUCUACAAUGGCCACCUGUCGGGAAAGAAGCACAAGAAGUUCGCUGCUGCUGCGGCUGCCAAGAAGAAGGAGAUGGAGGAAAAGCGGAAGAACAUUGCGUUCGACGAAGUCCUGAUCCGUCGUAUGUACGAGCUGUUGACGGAGGUGGUCCAAGGCACAAUCUCGUAUCUGGAGCUCAAGCAAACGCGCACACACGAGGAGCUCCAAGCCGAAAUCGAGGAGGAGGAGGAAGGCGCAUUCUCUGAUGUGGAUGUGGAGAAUGAGAAUGAAGAGGCCGAGGACGAGGAGGAGCAACUCUACAACCCGUUGAACUUGCCCCUGGGCUGGGAUGGAAAGCCGAUUCCGUACUGGUUGUACAAGCUGCACGGCCUUGGCGUCGAAUUUAAGUGCGAAAUCUGUGGCAACCACAGCUAUUGGGGACGGCGUGCGUUCGACCGUCACUUCCAGGAGUGGCGUCACGCGUUUGGUAUGCGCUGCCUCAAGAUCCCGAACACGAAACACUUCCACGAUAUUACGCUGAUGAGAGACGCGAUUCAACUUUACGAAAAGUUGAAGGACCAGAUCGAUGCUGAGAGCUGGAAUGCGUCGAACGAGGAGGAGUUUGAGGACUCCGAAGGCAACGUGCUCAACCGGAAGACGUACGAGGAUCUCGCUCGCCAAGGUCUGCUGUAG